CUCGGCUGUGUCUUUGAUUCUUCUCAGAAAUAUACAUGUAGAAGACAACACUCCAUACUUAGCUCUUCUCUUCUCUUUCUCUUCUCUUCUCCUCUUCUACCCAAACCCUAAACUCUCUUCUUCCUAACUCUGUUUCUCUCAAGGUGCAUGUGCCUAUUAUUGGGUUGAACCAAACACUAACAUGGCACAUUUGUUGUCAACUUCAAGCUCUUUGAAGAUCUCACCUGGCCACAAACCAUACUGUCAACUGCUGAACCCAGUCCAAAUAUCAUUUCCUACUUCUCUCACGUUUCAAACUUCCAAAUCUGCCUUCAAAAGGCUUGUUUUUCAAGGAGACAGCAGAGGAAAAUGUUUUAAGGUUCAAGCAACUGCUGUACCUGUAAGUCAAGAAGUCUCAGCAAAAUCCAAUUCUGGGCCUCAUCAGUCCUCAAAUGAGUCUUCAAAGCCUCAACGGGUCAUGGUCGUUGGAGGAGAUGGCUACUGUGGUUGGGCAACUGCUCUCCACCUGUCUAAAAAGGGUUAUGAGGUUGCCAUUGUUGAUAACCUUGUCCGCCGUCUCUUUGACCACCAGCUUGGACUUGAUUCCUUGACACCCAUUUCCUCCAUCCACAACCGCAUCCGUUGUUGGAAGGAUAUCACUGGAAAGACUAUCGAACUUUAUAUUGGUGAUAUUUGUGACUUUGAGUUCUUAUCAGAUACCUUCAAGUCAUUUGAACCUGAUGCUGUUGUACAUUUUGGGGAACAGCGUUCUGCUCCUUAUUCCAUGAUUGAUCGAUCAAGAGCUGUGUUCACUCAGCAGAAUAAUGUGAUUGGGACACUGAACGUUCUCUUUGCAAUAAAGGAAUACAGAGAGCAAUGCCAUCUUGUGAAGCUGGGAACAAUGGGAGAGUAUGGAACUCCAAACAUAGAUAUUGAAGAGGGUUAUAUAACGAUUACUCAUAAUGGAAGGACAGAUACCUUGCCUUAUCCUAAGCAAGCAAGCUCUUUCUAUCAUCUUAGUAAGGUUCACGAUUCACAUAAUAUAGCCUUCACUUGCAAGGCUUGGGGAAUCAGAGCCACCGACCUCAAUCAGGGAGUGGUUUAUGGGGUGAGGACUGAUGAAACUUCAAUGCAUGCAGAGCUCUGCAACAGAUUUGAUUAUGAUGGAGUAUUUGGAACAGCAUUGAAUCGGUUUUGUGUUCAGGCUGCCGUAGGUCAUCCACUUACUGUUUAUGGGAAAGGAGGCCAGACAAGGGGUUACCUUGACAUAAGAGACACAGUUCAGUGUGUUGAGCUUGCCAUUGCAAAUCCAGCACAGCCUGGUGAAUUCCGGGUCUUCAAUCAAUUCACUGAGCAAUUUUCUGUAAAUCAACUUGCGGCCCUUGUUACAAAAGCAGGAGGGAAGCUUGGUCUUGAUGUUCAAACAAUAUCUGUGCCCAACCCAAGAGUGGAGGCAGAAGAACACUAUUACAAUGCUAAGCAUACAAAACUCAUUGAGUUGGGACUCAAGCCACAUCUUCUCUCAGACUCUCUUCUGGACUCAUUACUCAACGUUGCCAUCAAGUUCAAGGAUCGUGUUGAUGAGAAACAAAUCAUGCCCAGUGUUUCUUGGAGAAAAAUAGGAGUGAAGCCGAAGACUGUGAAAGCCUAAUUAAGUGUUCCACAGAGGAGAUGCCUGAAAGUUUCUCACUCAAGUUGUUCUGUGUCAUGUGUCUGUGACUUCUUUGGCAGAUGCUCUUAUAUCGGUUUUGGACCUAGUGUGGUCUCUGAUUUGCCCUUUGUAGACUAAAAUUGAGUAAUCAGAUGUCCAGUAGAGGAGUAUUACUAGCGUUCUUGUGUACAGCACUGCAGGGUUCUUGGUGCGGGAAUUAGACAAUAGAGCAAAUAUGGUAUGUGUGCUUUAACUGCUUUUAUAUUAAUUGGGUGAGAAAUAAACUUCCAUUAUUACAGAUGCUAGAUUCUUGUUUGUUCCCUAUGAAAUUUUCCUGUGAAAAAAUUGAAGACCUGAUCACAUAUCAAUGAAGCAGAAUAAUAAUG